AAGCGCCCACUGAAAUUAUCAACCUGGAUGAUGAUGAAAUGGCCAGCUCUAAAGACAAGGCAAUGGAUACUUCUGCACCAUUAUCGCAAAAGCCGAAGAAAAGGAGUAUUACAGGGAAGCCAUCACCUGCCCCAAGUGCUACCUCUGACCAAGCAAAGAAAAACAAGCAAGAUACUCCUAAGAAAGCUAAUCAGCAGUCUACCGAUGAUAGCGAGCAGACGACUGUCGAGCAGGAAGAGAAGCCGCCAAACAACACCAAAGCGUGUGCGAAGUGCGACUUCCAAAGCAGUGACUUGUCCGUUUUCCGCGAGCACAUCAAAGUGCACCGGCCGCCAAAUCAAGAAACAUUCCAGUGCCACGAGUGUGGUCUGUGUUAUGUGGUGGAGCCCUCAUUGAGGAAGCACCUUCGAGGAGUGCACGGGGUGGAGGAGAAGAAGGCCGCCGACAGCCUCGCGGAAGCAGACCCCAACGGUGCUGCUGUCAGUGGGCUUCGCUGCUCCGUGUGUUUGGCAACAUUCGACACUGAACGAGAACUCAAAAGCCACACGCGUAGCCACGGCAUGGCAUUCCUGAAGAAAGUGAAGGCUAAAGACGGCACUGUUUGAUCUGCAGUGUGUGAGUGUAUGUGUGUGUGCGUGCUUUUCAUUGAAUGAGUGAAUAAAUUGAUAUAAGUGUGUUUUUACAUUUA